CCAGGAGGCAAAGUCAGUCUUCUCCAGAACCGAGAGGGAGUGUUUGGAGUUCACCUGCAUCUUGAGACUUCUGAAAGCCACACUUGGAACUCUUGACCCCUGGGCCAACUUCAUAUUCUUCUCCAGGGUAGACUGUUUCUACAACUCCUUAGAGGAAUAAACUCCUGAUGUUCUUUCCUCAGGAAAAUGGACUCAGAAAUCCCAGAAGCCUUCCAGAAGGAGCUCACCUGCCUCGUCUGCCUGAAUUUCCUUCUAGACCCAGUCACCAUAGGCUGUGGGCACAGCUUCUGUAGGUCCUGUCUUUGUCUUUUCUGGGAACAAGCCGAAGUCCCUGCCAGUUGUCCAGUGUGCAGACAACCAUCAGAACAGACAAACCUCAAAACCAAUUUUCUUCUGAAGAAUCUGGUGUCCACUGUCAGAAAAGCCAAUCUCAGGCAAUUCCUGAAGUGUGAGGAACACCUGUGUGGGACCCACAGGCAGAAAAAGAUGAUCUUCUGUGAAGCCAACAAGAGCUUGCUCUGUUUGGUCUGCUCUCAAGGUCAGGAGCACAAGACUCACAGACAUUGUUCCGCUGAAGAGGCUGCUGAGGAAUCCUGGGAAAAGUUGGCAAAGCAAAUGAGAUCUUUAUGGGAAAAGAUUCAAGAAACUGAAAGAAAUCUCAAGAAAAGUAGCAGAGGAACUGACCCUUGGAUGUUUUAUGUGUAUCGACAUGGAGACAUGAUUAGGAGAACUUAUCAGAUGGCACCCCCAUUUCUCCCAGAGGAAGAAGAUUACUAUGUAGAGAGUAUUGUAAAAGAAGGCCAAAACAUAUACAAUCAACUCAGAAGAAGGCAAGAGGAAAUAAUCGGAAAGAAGAGAGAGCUCCAAGAAAUACACAAGGAGCUCAUUCAAAUGUGCUCUAAAUCAGACGUGGAGCUGCUCCAGGAAUUGGAAGACAAACUGAAAUGGAGUGAGACAGCACAGCUGCACGUGCCUCAGCCUCUGCUCCCAGAACUCCCUGCGCGUCCCAUGUCUGGGCUGAUGGAGUGGCUCAACCGCUUCCGAGUCAACUUUUCACUCAGUAACGAAGUAAGCAGUCAGCACAUCAGGUUGUUCGAUGAUGCAAGACGUCUGACGUAUGAACAUGACAGCCUCCAUGCAUCUUUGGAUGGUGGAACAUUGAAGUAUUUUGCCUCAUGGGGAGACCAGAGCUUCACCUCUGGCAAACAGUACUGGGAGAUGCUUGUGGAUAGCUCUUGGGACUGGGCAGUAGGUGUCUGUAAGGAUUCCUGGAUAAGGAAGGACGAUGGCAUACUGGACAAGUCCAACAGGGACAACUUUCUCCUUGUGUGUGUGAAGCAGGAUGAUCAUUACCAACUCUGGACCACAGCCCCCACCACGCCUCUGUACAUAGAGAGACCUCUGGGCAGGGUUGGGGUGUUCCUUGAUUGUGACAGUGGAAGUAUUAGUUUUGUGGAUGUUGCCAAGCGCACCCUCCUUUGGAGGUACAAUGAUGGCGUGUGCACUUUCCCUGUCAGGCCCUUCUUCUGCACUGGCCACAGGUGAGGAUCUGAGUCACGGCCCAGAUGGGAUGCUCAGGACUCCUUCUCUGGGGGACCCCCUUGUCCACUGCAGCAUAUCAAGGAGACUUCCUGAUCUUUAGGCUCUUUCUACUGUAAUGGAGCUUCUUUUAUUGUUAUUUGAUGUGAAGAUAGUGUCAAAUGCACACUUCACUUGGUUGUCCUCCAUAUUGCUGACAAUAAAUUCUUCUCUUGUUA